AUGGCGUCUUCUGGUAUGGCUGCCGAGGAACAACACACUGACCGCCCAACUGUACUUGUCGGCUUGGAUUUUGGUACCACAUCUUCUUCAAUUACCUAUGCGUUCCCCGAGGCAGAUGGCCAAUUCCACCGUGGCCGUUGCCAAACCUAUGAAUCAAGUCUUUACGGAUCCAAAGGAAAGAAAAUCCCUACAAGAUACCCAAAAGGGAUAUACAAUGGUCCGAGAUAUGACGGCGAGUGGAUAGAAUGGUUCAAGCUGUCAAUCCCACACAAGGAUGACCUGCCCAAGGAUGUCCGAGUUUCCGAAAAACUCGACAAAUUGACAAAAGAACGCGAGGCGCUGGAUGUUAGUGCCAUCGAUGUCUCCUCCAAGUACCUCGGAGAGCUCUGGAAACAGUUUCACCAGAAGGUAGCCAAGAAUACCAACGUCGAGAUUACCGUGACGGUUCCAGCCAUCUGGCCCCCAGACGCCUGUGAGAGGCUGCUUCGAGCUCUUCGCCCCCGCUCUGCGAAUAUUCUCGGUCCAACCGUUCGUCUGGCACAGGAGCUUGCCACGGAGGCAGAGGCCGCUGCUAUCGCUCUCUUGUCGGAUUCGGCUAAUACAGGCAACUUGGAGGGUUUGAACUUCAAAGCAAAGGACACAGUCAUCAUUUGUGACUGCGGCGGAGGAACCACAGACUUUAUCUCCUAUCUAGUGAAAUCUAUAAAUCCCCUCAAGGUCAAGGGUAUUGUCCCCAGCAAAUGUAUUUAUGCUGGAGCGGCUCUCCUGGAUGACGGCUUUAUGGAGUUACUCAGGGCGAAGACUCUAGCAGAGCGUCCGUAUACAGCACGCAAAAACAUCAAGGACAAGGACUACAACAGGUUUGCGCACCGGAUCUGGCACGGUAAUCUGAAAGAAAAGCACUCGGUCGAUAUGGAAGACAAGAUCUUCGACCUUCCUCUCAUGUUCAUUGGGAAUCAGGUCAAUGGGAGCACAAUGACAUUUACCGCAGGCGAAAUCAACGGGGUGUUCGACCCCGUCGUGAACAAGAUUGUAAACCUGAUAGAAACAGAAAUGGCGGCGGUCAAGGAACAGACGCAGGAACAGGCAACACAUGUCGUUGUAUCUGGGGGGUUUGGCCGUAACUGCUAUCUCCGCCACAAGAUAGAAUGCAAGGUCAAAAGCGUAUCUCCCUCGACCCAUGUCAACCAAUGGACUUCGGUAGCUCGAGGUGCCGUACUGCAUGCCAUUCAGACAAAGAGCAAGUCAACACCGUCGAUUGUGCAGAUCGAAGCUCGAGUCUCGGGGGAAAGCUAUGGCGUAGGCAUUGGCAAGGGCGGACCUAUCCAUUGGCUUGUCCGCUGGGGCGAUGAACUCUCCGCCGAGGGCCCCAACUCAAGGCCUGUUCCUUCAGAGGCAGUGCGUAGUUCUCCAGUCGGCCGCUGUUUUCUGGACUGGUAUCGUGUCAAGGGGCCAGGUGCGAAAGCCGAAAUUGUACGCCCCCUGUACUAUGGGAAUUCCGUGGGUGAGCCAGGCGAUUUGCACUUCAACUUCGAUUGGGACGGUACCAAGAUGCACUACGUGCUUUAUCAGGGGGACCAGCCACUUACGUUGACUCUCGGGGAAGAAUAUGAUGCUUGA